GCCAACUAUGUCACAUGAUACUUGGGAGCGACUGCGAUUGGUUGUAGUGAGUCUUUACGGAUGUUUUCAUUUUACCUUCAAACUAUUUUUCUGUUUGCUGUAGAUAAUUAGAAUUUUUGUUUUGAAAUACAGUGCUUCCUAUAAUUUAAUUCCAAAUAGAAUUUUUACUACCAAUCGUACUAAAUGGAUUUAUAAUACACUUUUGCUUCGAAACUGAGCAACCAGCGGUUUAUACAAAUUUGGUUUCAACUUUAGAGAUUCUCUGCUAUCGUAAAUGAAAGUAACUAAUAAAGCGCUCCACCUGCUUUAGAGAUGUUUUCGGGUUCUAUUUAUGCUUUACUGGCGGGCUGUUUGGCUGCUGCCGCUUCCUUAUCGGCUAAGCUAACUCUUGGGGCAGACUACCUGAAGGAAAUGUGUGAAGCUAGCACAUCUGGAGCGCAACACGACGAAACUGUCUGCCUCUGGCUGCACAUCCCACUGCGGCUGCUGUGCGUCGCCCUGAUGUUCCUCUGCAAUGCUGUUAUGUGGACCUUCUUCUCCAAAGCUCUUCGCUACAGCUCUUCUUCUGCCAGGGCCACUGCCACCACUACUGCGGGCAACUUUAUUUCCUCGGCAAUACUGGGGAAGCUUAUUUUUGGAGAGAGUCAAUCAGUUCUGUGGUGGGUAGGCAUCUCUCUGACGCUGUGUGGGCUGCUGAUGCUUCAUGGAUCCACGCCUCAAGCACGACCACAGGACUCCAAAACGGAAUAGUUAUGUUUACAUAAAAACAUCUUCAUAUGUGUGUGUGUGUGUGUUUCUACCCUUAUUACGUCUUUGUGAUCUGCUUAUUGUAUAAGCCAAUAUUGUGAUAUUGUUAUUUUUCUAAAUAUAUUGUGCAGCACUAUUGUUUAUAACUGAGUUUAUGUGGUUCUUAACAUGUCUGAAAUUUAUGUUGUGACCUAAAUAUGGCAUUUUAAAGUGUUAUUUUUUUUAUUAUCUUUUCUUCCUUUUAUGCUUUAAAUAUGUUCGAAAUAAAGACAUAUCAAAUUAA